AUGAACGACCCAACAGCACAAACGCAGCCGACGCCGAACCGACGGCGGCAAGGACGUCCGAAUGGACGACAAAAGGCAUAUGCAUCUGAGAACGAUAUGGGCGUGAUCGAUGCGCCGCAAUACAACUUGAGUCCUGCCACGCCUCAGAAGGACAACCUGGGUUCUUCAGCAGGACGUGAUCCUCGCACCACCGGGUCGAAGCAGCGCCAGAAGAAUAAGGGAAACAAGAACAACGCUGCCUCGACAUCACCAGAACCAGAUUCUCAUCAUCAUCGCUCGACGCCCCGGCAAACCAACUCGACGAAAGGUCUUCAGCAGGCGGCAUUCGCUGGCGCUACGUUCCACGCAUCUCCUGCUCCCGAUGCAUUGCCGAUGCCCAGCUUCUUCUCCAAGAUGGCAAAUGGCUCCCCGGCCAGCAAGGAAGCCUCCCGACCACUCCAGCAGCCCUCGCCUCCCAACACCGUGAACGAAGCUCCCACACCUCAACGGAGGGGCAGCGGCGUUUCAGGAAGUGACUCACCUCUGGAUUUUAUGUUCAAAGCGCACCGCGAAGAACGAGAGCGCCAUCGCCACGGCAGCGCUCCCACCGGACCAUCCGUGUCAACGCCCCCAGCGCACUCGCCCUACGGGGCUGGCCCCCAAAAGGCAGCGCACUCGCCACACAACAGACCGAUUUACACGCGACACGUGUCUAGUGGCGUUCUCGACGAUGAAGAAUCUCGAGGACAUUUUGGCCAGCCCAUGGGUCCAGCUUUCUCGACGCCCUAUCAAGACCGCAUCAAGGCGGCCAGGCCCAGUAACAACAGCCAGCGGCCAUCGGGCGCCGACAGCACUCAAAUGCAGCCUCAGAAUAUGGCGGAAGAUCCGUCCGAGGCCCUCAAGCGAUUUUUGUUCAGCGGUAACAACACGGCAUCAACUCAGUCGAGUGCUCAGCCUGCCCAGUCGGGCACCGCGAACCAAUCUUCAGUCUCGAGAACUUGUGACGGCACAUCUGGCGGCCACAACGAAUCUAUCCAGGACAUGGAGGACAGUCUACGCAGAAUACUCAAAAUCGAACCAAACACUACGGCGCCGCCCACUGAGCGCCGUCUCUUCAUGGGAUAG